AUGGUGGCGGCCAGUUUAGAUGAUGCUGAGAAGGAAACGGGUGAAAAGAUGCAAAGUACUGAUGAGGAAGAAUUCUACAUUGGAAAAAAGUUUGAAACACAUGAUGAUUUGUUCAGUGCUUUUAAAGCGUAUGCAAAACGAUUAGGAUUUGCAGUUAGAAAAAGAACUAAUCGGAAAAAUGAAGAAGGGAUCAUAAGGAGUGUGACGUAUGUUUGUAACCGAGCAGGAAAUCCUGUUAACAUGACUAAAAAUAUAGUCAAACCUCGCAAGAGAAAUCGUUGUGAUUGCAAGGCUUACGUUACUGCAAGAUUGGAUGAUGAAGACAAAUGGGAGAUUACUCAGCUUAAGCUCGAUCACAAUCAUACGUAUAAUCCAAGUCUGGCUCGGCAUUAUCAGCAACAUCGCAAAGUUGAACCACAUGUAUUACAUACAAUUGAUCUUAAUGACCAAUUAGGAAUUCCAGUGGAAAAGACUUUCCGCUCUGUGGUGAAUCAGUUUGGUGGAUUUGAUAAAGUUGAUUGCAAUGAGAAAGAUUGUAGAAAUGCACUUGAUGUAAUACGUCGACUAAGACUUAGUGAAGGGGAUGCAACUGCUUUGAUGAAAUAUUUUUCCAAGAAGGUAAAAGAGAAUAGUGGGUUUUAUUUCGAAGUUGACUACAGUGAAGAUAAUUGUUUGAAAAACGUAUUUUGGGCUGAUGGUUGGAGUAGAGAAGAAUAUAAAGAAUUUGGCGAGGUUAUUAGUUUCGAUGCCACUUACAUGACUAACGAUUAUGAGAUGCCUUUCACUCCUUUUAUCGGGGUUAAUCACCAUGGCCAAUCAAUAUUGCUUGGAUGUGGGUUGCUUUGUGAUGAAACUACAGAAACAUUUGUAUGGAUAUUUAAGAAGUGA